AUGAAGUUCAACGCUGCUUCCGCUGCCUUGUCGGCGGCCAUGCUCUCCGGCGUGAUGGCCCACGAGGAGGUCGAGGAGAGCACUGCUUCAGCUCCCGAGCUGCCCAACUUCACUCCUACCACUCUCAAGGCCGAUUUCCUCGAGCAGUUCACCGAUGGUUGGGACAAGCGGUGGAAGCCAUCCACUGCCAAGAAGGACACGACUGGCUCCGACAAGGAAGAGGAGGAAUGGGCAUAUGUUGGCGAGUGGGCUGUUGAGGAGCCUGUCGCGUAUAAGGGUAUCAACGGUGACAAGGGACUUGUUGUCAAGAACCCUGCCGCUCACCACGCCAUCUCGGCCAAGUUCCCCUCCAAGAUCGACAACAAGGGCAAGACCUUUGUUGCCCAGUAUGAGGUCAAGCUUCAGAAUGGCCUGGAAUGUGGUGGUGCCUACAUGAAGCUGCUUCGCGACAACAAGGCUCUUCACCAGGAAGAGUUCAGCAACACCACCCCCUACGUCAUCAUGUUCGGCCCUGACAAGUGCGGCCACACGAACAAGGUUCAUCUCAUUAUCAACCACAAGAACCCUAAGACUGGCGAGUACGAGGAGAAGCACCUUAAGUCUCCCCCAACCGCCAAGAUCGUCAAGACGACCGAGCUUUACACCUUGAUCGUCCACCCCAACAACACCUAUGCUAUCAAGCAGAAUGACGUUGAGAUCAAGACCGGCUCUCUCCUCGAGGACUUCGCUCCCGCCAUCAACCCUCCCGCCGAGAUCGAUGACCCCAAGGACUCGAAGCCCGAUGACUGGGUUGACCAGGCCCGGAUCCCUGACCCCGAGGCUGUCAAGCCUGAGGACUGGGACGAGGAUGCGCCUUUCGAGAUUGUGGACGAGGACGCCACCAUCCCCGAGGACUGGCUCGUUGAUGAGGCCAAGAUCAUUCCUGACCCCGAGGCCGAGAAGCCUGAGGAUUGGGAUGAUGAGGAGGAUGGUGAUUGGGUCGCCCCUACUGUCCCCAACCCCAAGUGCGCCGAAGUGUCUGGCUGCGGUCCCUGGACCAAGCCCAACAUCAAGAACCCCGACUACAAGGGCAAGUGGACCGCUCCUCUUGUCGACAACCCCGACUACAAGGGUCCCUGGGCCCCUCGUAAGAUCAAGAACCCCGACUACUUCGAGGACAAGACCCCGGCCAACCUUGAGCCUAUGGGCGCUAUUGGAUUCGAGAUCUGGACCAUGCAGAACGAUAUCCUCUUUGACAACAUCUACAUCGGUCACUCUGUUGAGGAUGCCGCUAAGCUGGCAGCUGAGACUUUCCACGUGAAGCACCCCAUUGAGAAGCAGCUCCUCGAGGCUGAGAAGCCCAAGAAGGACGACAAGCCCAAGUCGCCUCUUGACCUCAAGUUCUUGGAUGACCCCGUUGCCUACAUCAAGGAGAAGGUCGCCCUCUUCGUCGCUAUCUUCCAGAAGAACCCUGUCGAAGCCUUCAAGUUUGUUCCCGAGGUUGGCGCUGGACUUGUUGCCAUCGUUGUCAGCUUGAUUGCUGUUACUCUUACCAUCCUUGGUGGUUCCAGCGCUCCUGCCCCUGCUGGCAAGAAGGCUGCCACUGAUGCCAAGGACAAGGCCAAGGAUAAGGCCGCGGAGGCCACUGCUUCCGGUGCCGAUAAGACAAAGUCUGAGGUUACCAAGCGCACUACCCGCAGCCAGUCCUAA